AUGGCGACCAUCACACUUGCAUAUGGUGAACUGAAUGAAAAAAUUAGUGGACUUCAAAGAGAACUUGAAUGGAGAAAAGCCCUAGUUUGUCCAACGAAUGUGACCCUGGAUCCAAACACAGCAAAUGCCCAGCUCAUCGUGUCUGAGGAUCGGAAAAGCGUGAGGCGUGGAAUUGCACGGCAGGAGGUGCCGGACAAUCCAGAGCGAUUCCAUUCUUUCUGUUUGCUGGGCUGUGAGAGGUUCAGCUCAGGGAGACAUUACUGGGAGGUGGAGGUGGGAGAUGGAGGGUUUUGGGCUGUGGGUGUUGCCAGAGAGUCUAUGAGGAGGAAGGGAGGGAUCAGAUUUAACCCUGAGCAGGGGAUCUGGGCUGUAGAGCGGUGUGGGGAUCAGUACCGGGCUCUCACCUCCCCAGAAACUCCCAUGCCCCUGAGUGAGAGACCUAGGAAGAUUGGGGUUUAUCUGGACUAUGAAGCGGAGUGAGUGGCAUUUUAUGAUACUGGUAAUGAGACCCUGAUCUUUACUUUCAUGUCAGCGUCUUUCACGGGGGAGACAAUCCUUCCCUUCUGGGUGGGGAUUGGAGUCCUGCUCAGAGUCUGCCCCUGAGGCCUGGAGAUGGGGAGGUAGCAAUAUCCCACUGGGGUUCACUCUGGUUGUGGACCAGAAAUGGACUGAACUAAUUGUUGUCCUGGGGA